GGUCAGAGAUGGGUAACAACGUUUAUAGUUUAUAGAGCAAAGGGAGGUUGAUCGGUGCCUGAAUUGGCUCUUGGAAGCUUGCAAAUGGCACAAUCUCCACUCCCUUCGCCUUUCUGCACAUCCCAAAAGCCAGCUUCUCUCCCUUUCUCUCCUCCUUAUUUAUAUGCUCUUCCACAUUGCCCUAAUCAUCGCAUCAUUCAAUCUCUAGGGCUGCGUUUCGUUUUGUACCUUCGCUUUCUCCGCCGCCUCCACCGCCUCCCUCUCCGACCAAAAAUGUCAACCAUGUCAACUGCAAAGCUUCCUUCCCGCACCAUGUUCAACACGUCGGCGCCGUGUAAAAACCAAUUCAGAAGCACCAUUAUCAAGUGUCCAUCUUCGAUAGGAUCCACGAGCAACAUAUCGAAAUCGUUCGGCUUGAAAUCAUCACCCUCAUCCAGAACCACUGCAAUGGCAGUGUACAAGAUUAAACUUAUCGAACCGUGUGGGAAAGAGCACGAGUUUGAGGCAUCUGAUGAUACUUACAUUCUUGAUGCAGCGGAAGAAGCAGGAAUUGACCUUCCAUAUUCUUGCAGGGCAGGGGCGUGCUCUACAUGCGCUGGGAAAUUCGUUUCGGGUUCAGUCGAUCAGUCGGACGGGUCGUUCCUGGACGAUAGUCAAAUGGAAGAGGGGUAUUUGUUAACCUGUAUUUCACACCCAACUUCAGACUGUGUGAUUCUCACACACAAGGAAGGAGAACUGAUCUGAGUAUUAUAUCAGUGUUUGAGUGAUAUCAGAUAUCAGUGUUUUCUUUUUCUUUUAUGA